AUGUCCACCUUACCUCAUACCGCCAUAGCAUCUCCGCCUCCUCCAAAUGAGUCCGCUGCGCCAACUGGCCGGACCAUCCUUGUCGGGUUCCGGCACCCCGGUCAAACCCUCGCGCCUUACAUUCUGGAAGGGUUGGAGCCGUACGAUGAGGACGAGCUUGAUGAGGAACGUUACCCCGACGACGACGAGUGGGAAAUAGAUAGUGGGCUCUCUUCACCGCUAUUACUGACUUCAAAGAGUAUGUUUGUGUUCAAGGAAGUGACUCUGCUACCACGUCCUGCUAUGGCUCCCGUCCAGCCUACGGUGCUUUCCAGGGUCCCGGGACAGACGAUCCCGCCCUACAUACUCUCUGGUAUACAGCCUGUUACCCAGCGUAACGAUCGACGGUACGCGGGUGUCACUCGGCGGAUCAAUCUCGAGGCGAGCCCGUUCAGAGAAGUACCUCAGCAGCAGCUAGACGAGACCGUCCCUAACUCGCUCGGACUUGAGGGCAUCGAGCAGUUGACUGCCUCGUCGACAGGGAGUCAAAGAGUGCAAGCUUCUCGGCGAGUCCAAAGCUGGCGGGCGGAUCUGGACAAGCAGACAGAGAAGAGCGAUGUCGCGCCGUCUGCGAGUGAGGAAGCGGAGCACAGUGGCAGAGGCGUUGGGGCAGGUAUAAGCAAGGACGAGGCUGCACACGGCGACGGCAAGGUCGAAAUGGUGAAGGUGGCAGAUAGAUGA